GUCUGGCUUCAGGGAGUAAAACAGUCGUCUUUGAAAUUUUAAUCGGCAGGAAGUCUUUUUCGUUGCCUCUAUGUUCUAUCGUCGAAGCAAAACCUAGGGUUUUUCGUUGCGUUUAAUGAUUACAAUAAUUGUGAACAAAUAUUUGAACAUCGAAAACGAAUAUUUAUGGAAAAGGCAGAGUGAACCGGUCAUAAUAUCUUGAGAAAGGGUUUUUUUUUUCGUUCGAAAUUUAUUUCAAAUGAAAAUGUUAACGAUUAUCAAAGUCAUAGGAAUAGUUUCGUUACAAGUCGUCGUAGCCAACGGAUAUUCAACAGGAUACCAUGAAGUACAGCUCUCCGAUAAUUUAGUCCACAAUUCAUCGUUAACCUCGCACAACAUUACCGAAGAUGUUGUAAUCGAACCAUGGUCACCGUGGACGAAAUCUCAAUCGAAGAAUAUCAAACAGGAUGCCGAAGAGUGUCAUGGACCUGUGUCGUCCAUUGAUCAGUUUCCCCAGGAUGCAUUUACACAGGAGCAACGUCUUCAAGGCGCUGUAGUGCUGCAUUUCAUUGGUGCCGCCUAUUUUUUUACCGUAUCCGGAUUGAUCAUAAACUACUUUUUCAUUCCAUCCGUUCAAUGUAUUUGUCAAGAUUUGAAGAUUACGCCGGAUGUUGGAGCCGCCGUUUUCAUGGCUUCAGCGACGGCCAUGCCAGAAUUGUUUACGAAUUUAAUCAGUACUUUCAUUGCUGAUUCCGACAUGGGAUUAGGUGCAGUCAUUGGCUCACUUAUGUGGAAUAUUUUAGGUGUUGCAUCCGUGGCUAGUCUUGUUACGAAAAAGCCAGUCAAAAUGGAUUGGGUUCCUAUAACAAGGGAUGGCUGCAUGUUUACUUUGAACGUCUUGGUGCUAAUCGCAACAUCAUGGGAUGGCUACAUGUACUGGUACGAAGCGCUGAUUUUGGUCUUAUUUUCCAUUCCAUAUUUUCUCAUUGUGUUCCAAUCACCACGGAUAAGUCGAUUUAUGAAGCGGAAAUUUGAAGAAGAAUACCAAUGCUUCUGUUGCAUUGGCAAUAGUCUGGAUUUGGUAAAGGAUCCGAAAAUGAUGAAGAAAAAGAAGCAAAUUCAACCUGCAGAGUCGAAAAUUGUCACCGAAGAAUCAAUGAGAGAAGACGCAGAAAGAGAAGCCUACGAACUGUUGAAGACGCAACGCUUCGGAUUGUAUCCCUGUCCCAAAGACACCCUACCUCGCACCAUCUUCUGGUAUUACAGUUGGCCCAUUCGUGUGGUGCUUUCCUGCACUAUGCCAAAUCCGAAGACGCAACGCAAAUUUUAUUUGCUGACAUUCUUGCUGUGCAUCGUAUGGAUUGGUGUCAUAACCUACCUGAUAUUCUUCAUGUUGAUCGUAAUAUGCCACACAUUUAGCAUACCCGAAUCAGUAAUGGGAUUGACAGUGUUCGCCAUCGGUGGCUGCACACCGGAAUUGAUAACUGGAGUCAUUAUGGCCCGACGAGGUCAAGCUGGCACUGGUCUGGCUAAUUCGUUCGGUACAAGCUCGAUGGGCAUUUUUAUGUGUUUGGGAGGACCUUGGCUGGUGUCAUCCCUUAUUAAACUGUACAGUGAACCAUCUGAAGUUAUUAGUUUAGGAGAAGCACAAGUCAGAUAUGUGAUACUCGCCCUGCUGCUGAUUCCACCAAUUUUGUGGACGAUAUUUGCAAGCUUCAAAUUCCAUUUACGCAAAUUGUCGGGAAUGUGUUUGGCUACCACGUAUGGAUUGCUAGUUACGUUCGCCAUUCUAGUCGAAGUGCAGAUUUUAUUUCCGUCUGGAAAUUUGUGUUAACAUUGUCGUACGACAUCAAAAGGGGGAAAGAAGAGUUCUGUCCGCAUUUUACGAUUUAAAUAAAAAAAAAAGUUUUGUCCAGCGAAA